AUGGCGACAGGAUCAGGCCAGACCACCAAAGUUGCCAGCCUGAAGGGCCACCUGGAGCUGGUGCGCAGGAGUCGCUAUGAGCAGCUGAGUCCCCCAGCCCCAUGGAGAAACGAGAGGCCCGUGUGGGUGUCCUUGCCCGUGACACUGUCCCCUGCGGACACUGGCCAGGAGCACCUUCUCUGCUUCUCUCCACCUGCAGAAGGCCAGGGCAAUGACCCCUCGUGGGAGGCUGAGAUGGUGCAGCAGCUGCGGGCGUUGCCAAGGGAGGGGCAGGAGGGGCUGCUACAGAGUCUGCAGUGCUGCCUGGAGGCGCAGGACUUCACGUCCUGCCUGACGGUUCUCCAGGUCUCAGGCAAGGACAAAGAGUCCAGCACCAGUGUCCAGGACCUCCUGUCACCCCUGAACCUGGACUCCUCGCUGCCUCUGGGCAAGAUGCUCCUCUUCCGCCUCUAUGGGCUGGUGCUCAGGGAAUGCGCCAGCGCUGAGCUGGUUCAGUCCCAUCUGAAGACGCUUCUGGACCUGUCCCCCGUGUGGUUCAGCGAGCGGGAGGGCAUCGCGCUGGCCGUGGGUAUCACGUCUGUCUCGCACCUGGAGGCCACGUGGACAGUGCUGGAGCAGCUGGGCCGCACGUGGUCCCUGAAGCUGCGGCCUGCAGCCACAGUCAGUCAGGACCUGGUUCUGUGCUGGAAGCGGGUCAGCAGGACCUGCCUGCUGUGCUACGGGCAGGUGGCACUGCACGCCGGGAGCCAGGCACUGCCCUGGGUGGACAACAUCAUGGCCCGCAUCAUCUACUACUACUCCUGUGGCAGAUAUGACAACGCCCUGAAAAGCAGCUUCCUGGUGGCCAGCACCAUGCUGCUGCGGGCGCUGCAGCGCUCGGCGGACGCCCAGAGCUACAAGUUCACGCAGGUUCCAGAGCUCAUCCAGUGUCUCCUGAUCGCCCUGCAGAAGGAGCCCCCUUUCCUGGCCACCCACUUCCGGCAGAGGGCCAUCAUGGUCAUUGCAGGACUGAGCACCCUGCGUCCCGGCCUGAGCCCGGCGCUGCAGUCGCGCAUGCUGCAGGUUUGUCUGCGGUCCCUCUACACGCUGCCGCCCCCCGAGCAGCUCCGCAGCACUCUGCCUUCCUUGCACUCGGUCCCUGAUGUCCUGAGGCUGUCAGCGCCCAGGGCUGAGGGGCCGGGCAGUGCCCCGGCCAUGCUCAUCGAGGGCCGCGUAUGUGCUCAGAUGCUGUACCAGAAGAGCUCGCAGGCCCUGGACCUGCUGCUGCGGAAACUCGUCCUGGACAACAACACUAUGGACGAGAUCUCCUUCAUCCUACAGCACAUGGAGCCGUGGCUUGAGUCCAGCAGCACCCAUGAGCGGCAGCGGGUCACCCGCUCCAUCUUCCUGCUGCUGCAGUACCUGGCAGACACCCAGAGGCUGACCGUGGGCCUACUGCUGCUGCUGUGGCACGACGAGGACCAGGCCACCCAGAGCCACUCGCACCAGUGUGCCUACCUGCUGCUGCACCUCCUCCAGCAUAAGCAGAGCGUGGCCGAAUUCAUGCGCUUGAACAGGCUGAAGAACGUGGAAGCGAGGACCUAUCAGGAGUCGGAACGGAAGCUGUAUCCCGUGGUGAAGGCCCUGAACAGGAACCUGUCGGUGGGGCAGCACACGCAGCUGGUGCUCACGCUCCUGCAGGGGCUCAGCAGCGGCGGGCACCUGCGCAGCGCCCUGGCUUCCCAGGUGCUCCUCACCAUCUUUGAAGACAGCUCCAUCAAGCCUGAGCAGGUGAUGGAGAUCCUGAAGGGCCUGUCCCAGGAACUGCCUAGCCUCAAGUCCAAGAAUGUCCAGGUGGCCAUGCUGAGGGCCAUGACCCUGCUGGGAACCCAGUACCCACAGGAAUGUAUCGAGGUGAUGUUCACGCUGAGUCCCCCAUCCGAGAGGAAGCUCAUUCCCCUGUGGAGAGCCCUGGUCACCACUGAACAACUGGCCCACAAGAUCAUUACCCUGCUGUACACAAACCUGAAGUUGCGGCCAUCCAGGGAGCUCGUCCAGCCGCAGGAGCAGGCGGAGGUCAUCUCCCUGCUGGCCCUUGGCACCAUCUACGAGCUCCUGUAUGUCCCAGAGUUCAGACCCACAGUACACUGGGCCUUCGCUGGCAUCCUCCUGGGCCUGCUGACACAGAUGCUCUACCUGUUCGAGCUGGGCAUGGGGCAGGACCUCUCCCACUACCAGGAGGACAUCCUGGAAAGGCAGCCUCUGGGCCCUUGCAGGACCUGCCUGGAGGCGCUGAAAGGUCUCUUCUGGACCACAGGCAACUGGGAGGUGUUCGCCUACGUGAAGCUGCUGCAGGGCUGGGAGCUCUUUGAGCACCCCGAAACCUACACGGAGGGGUUGAGCCUCCUGGCCAGGGCCAUGGUGCAGUACAGCUGCGAGAUCAAGGCUGUCCUGGGCCAGGCAAUCAUCUCCAUGAAGAGCUACGAGCAGCGGGACCACAAUGUGGCCAUCGUCCUGGUCACUGAGCUUCUCAACAGCCCGGACAUCACCCUGCAUGCCUCCCGGCAGAGCAUGAAGAGCAUCCUGACGCUGGGCCUGGGCAACUCCAGCCAGCUGGUGCAGACCACGAGUCUGAAGGGUCUCAGCAGUGUCAUGAUCCAUCCCAAGAAGGUAUCCCUGCUCCAGAAAGAGCUGGUCCGGCUUCUGGACAGUUUCCUGAUGCCCGAGCCGCAAGACUUCGUGGCACUGGUGGCGCUCCUGGGGGAAAUCCUGCAUCACUUGGGAGCACGGGGCCCUCGGGCCUCCGACAUCAAGCUCCUGCAGCUGCUGCAGCCUCUGUUCGAUGAUGAGGACGAAGAGGUGCGUGGUGCCGCCAUCAAGUUGUACGGGGAAGUUCUGCACAGCGGCAAGAAGUCCCGGAUUCAGCUCCGGAACCAGGUCUUCCAGGCCGUGGUACCACUGCUCCUGCAUCUGGCCGACCCCUGCCCCGACGUGGUCCUGAAGACAAAGUUCACAUUCCUACGCUGUGCCACCCUGCUCAAGUGGCAGUUCCAGAAGGAGCUGUUCAGCAGGCUGGCAUGGGGCCAGGGUCUGGGUGCUGAGACCGACAUCUUCACCUACACAGUGGAGAGCAACUUCGGCAACUACCACCUGCUUCUGCUCCAGGGCCUGGCUUACUUGGAGAGCCCCUACAAGAGCGUGAAGCUGGCUGCCCGGAAGUUCGUCGGGACCUUGCUGCAGGACUACUUCGCAGAUAUCUGCUUCUUCCUAAAGAGGGAUGGCAUAAAGAUCAUCAGGAGCAACUUUGAGAGCCUUGGUCUGGAGGAGGACCUGGACAGCCGCAGGUUCUACCGGGACUUCCAGGAGGACCUCGCCGAGCUGUCACGCUGCACCUCCUACUGA